GAUCAUCACACACCUAACCCAGCCCAGGGCACAAGCAGCACCAGGAGCUUAGGGCAGUGCACAAGCAGCACCAGGAGCUUACGGCAGUGCAUAACCUACCCAAUCAGCCAGUGCAGUGCACAAGCAGCACCAGGAGCUUAGGGCAGUGCACAACCUAACCCAGCCCAGGGCACAAGCAGCACCAGGAGCUUACGGCAGUGCACAACCUACCCCAGGAGCUUAAGGCAGUGCACACACCGCCUCAGGGACUCGGUACUCACCUCUCCGGGAGCCCCAGACACCGCACAUCUCCAGGGACCUGUGUGGCUGACGGUGCAGGACCCCCCGCUGCUUCUAUGCCCCCCGAGCCGCCCCCUCUGUCCACCUUCGGCACCAUGACCGAGCCUGGCUAUAUCCGUACGGUGCUGGUGCACGAGCACUUCACGGACAGCUCCACCCUGGCGCUGCCCUCCGAGGACCGCUUGGAGAACGGAUCUAAAGGAGACACGGACCGGGCCAGCCGCAUGCACCAGCAGGUGCAACUUACUAUGGCCAAGAAGGGCACCCGGCGGUAUGCAGGGGACGACAGUCUAUAUUAUGCCAGCAGCGUUCCUGACCAUGCUCAAUAUACAGCAAGAAGUAUGACACACAGAGAAUUCUCUCCCUCCUCAUCAAAAUACUAUGAAGGGCGCAAGGAAUAUACUUCUGUGGGCCAUGAAAAUGGCUGGGCUGGUGGAAAUGUCUCAGGUAAUCAAUGGAAGACGGAGCAAGAUACAACCCCGAGACGGCUGCUGGUAAGGUUAGAAGUCUCUCCAGAACGAGGCACUAAUUCUGGAGAAUACAGAAGCAACUUGGGAACAAGUCCAAGGAUUCAGGAGAGCAGACAGUAUGGUGGAACUGCCUCACGCUAUGCUCGGUCAGAUAUUGUUGGUUCUAAUAGAUUUGGGGCAAGUAAAUCUCGGUUGAGCUCUGCCAACAGGUUCUACCAAACUGGAAGUACCAGAGAAUCUGAAUUUGCAAACAGCGUUCCUACCAGCCCUGCUGGAUAUCUGUCUCAACUGUCUAGAAACAGCAGGAGCAUGAAUAACCUUCUGGAAAAGGAGAACUACCAGUCUCCACUGUAUGCAGUUGGUCAAGUGAGACAAGUUAUUCAACCCCAAGCUGUAUCCCAUAAAGGGCAAACCAUGAGGUCCCGCUGGCAGCAGAGCACAUACCGGACUACUGCCACUGGCAGAGAAUCAUUUCAGUCGGCCACAGGUGGCACAGCCUAUGACAUGGGUGGAAAAAAGCCAACAUUUAUUGGUGGAACUAGUGGAACUGCUAGAGCAGGAAGCACACAGGUCCGAGAAGUCACCCAGCUAGAAACUCAAGGAGUAAACUCCCCGGGGAUUUCUGAGGUGGAAAUGACUUUAGAGAGAGCCAUAAGCCUACUGGAGACCACGUAUACUAAUUCUGAAUGGAUAAUCGCUGCAUCAAGUUUUAUUCAGCAUGAAUGUUUUCAGAAGGCGGAAGCCAGGCGGCAGGUCUACAGCUUAGGUGGAAUUCCAAGGCUACUACAGCUUCUGAACAGCAAUAAUGAGGAGGUGCAGCGUGCAUCGUGUGCUGCGCUACGGAAUAUUGUGUUUGAAGACAACGACAACAAGCUGGAAGUUUGUGAGCAACGUGGGAUCCCAAUUGUUCUUAACCUGCUUAAGGAAACACAAGAUGUGGAUACAAAGAGACAGAUUACAGGGUUGCUGUGGAACUUAUCGUCUAACGACCAGCUAAAGAGCCUGCUUAUUAGAGAUGCUCUUGUCCCGCUCACCAAGAACAUCAUCAUCCCCUGCUCAGGCUGGAGUGAAGGAGACUACUCUAAGAGUGAGAUGGUGUCUGAUGCAGAUAUCUUCUAUAAUGCCACAGGCUGCCUGAGGAACAUGAGCUCUGCUGGCCCGGAGGGAAGGAAAGCCAUGCGAGAGUGUGACGGACUGAUUGAUUCUCUGGUGCAUUACGUCAGGGGGUGUGUGGCCGACUACAAACCUGAUGACAGGGCUACAGAGAACUGUGUGUGUAUCCUGCACAACCUAUCUUACCAACUGGAGUCCGAGCUCCCCAGCAGCUUCACACAGAAUAUCUAUACAUACCGACAAGACCUUCCUCAACAUGAAAAAAACAUUGGCUGCUUUGGAUCCCGCAGUAGAAGAGUCAAAGAGCAAUGGAUUGACACGCCAUUAGCAGAGGAGAGGCACAAUCCUCGAGGGGUGGAGUGGCUCUGGCAUUCUAUUGUGAUACGGAUGUAUUUGUCGCUGAUCGCAAAGAGCAGUCGGAGUUACACACAGGAAGCUUCAAUGGGGGCUCUUCAGAACCUUACGGCUGGUAAAGGUCCGAUGCCCUCCGCAGUUGCACAGCUGAUUGUUCUAAAAGAAAAUGGCCUUCAGCACAUUCGAAACAUGCUGUCUUCAGGAGAUGCUGGUGUGAAACGAACCGCGGUCUCGCUCCUAAGGAACUUGUCUCGCAACCACUCUCUGCAGAAUGAAAUAGCUAAGCAGUUGCUGCCGGAUUUGGUUCGCCUGCUCCCUGACUCUGCUCCAGAAUCAAACAUCACAAAUGACACAACAUCAUCAGCCUGCUAUGUCUUAAACAACUUAGUCGCAAAUAGCUCAGCCAAUGCAAGGACGCUUCUAGUUAACGGAGGAAUUCAGAAACUCCUCAACCUGAGCAUGAGUGACUGCACGUUGUCUACAAAGACUGGAAAGGCUGCUUCGUUUGUGCUAUAUACACUGUGGUUACACCAGGAUCUGCACAACACAUACAAAAAGGCUCAAUUUAAGAAGACAGAUUUUGUCAACAACAGGACAACAAAAGCUUUCCAUUCUCUGAAAGACUGAUGUAUCAAUACUGUGUAUGAAAAAACAUACUAGCAAGUUCAACAUUUUUGUUUGACCCAAAGGGAAGAACUAUUUUUCAGCAAGCGAAAUGUGACUUCUGCUCACUGCCGCAAACUAUUGUUGCCUUUUUAUUCUAGAAGGACCCGCACUGUGUGAAUCUCAUACUUUUUAACGAUUUAACCCAACUGGUAAAGGUCUUGUUCCUCUGUUGCAUCUUUCUGCCAGCUAUGCAAAUAGGUUGUGUUUUUUGUUUUUUUUUAUAACUAAACUUUGUGUGCGGUACAUGGAACUAAAGCUGGUUUUGAAAGCUUCUGCCUUUAAUAGAUAACCGGCUAUUGAGUUAGACGUUAGAGAAUUAAAAACACGUUAUUGAAGCUAUUGCCGAGAAUGAAAUUGCUUUGCUUUUCAGAUAAUGAUGGAUUUGAAGAAAAGUACCCUGAAGAAUCAAAAAUAUCCUUGUCUGAUGCUCACUAACAUGCUCCUACUUUGGAGAUCUGUUAAACAUCCAAAGUCAAGUUUUCUAAUAACCUUCGGUGGAUUGUUCAUAUGACCCAACCCAAAAAGGAACCCAGGAUCAGUCAAGUGUUUUAAGAUAUAAAAGGAUCACUCAAAAGAAAGGAGUAUGAAAAUGACCAAAGCAGAACCUUUGGCCCAACAAUGAGCUCCAUUAGAGGUACCAACCGGUGUGUUUCUAGCCUCUGGCCCUAACUCAGUAGUCACCAAUAGUAAUAAUAUACGUGCUGCUCUGUGUAAUCAUUUUGAGGAUAGACAGAAGGACCUGCACUAAUAAAAAAGGCUCCCCUUGCAUUAGGAUUGUACACAUUCUGCACACACCUAUGUAUAGACAAGGCUACUAUGGGCCCUAGUGCCACUGCACCUGCUGCACCAAUGGUAGUUCCACCUCUGGUCUCGUUGGUCACAGUGGAGAAAUAAAUGAAAAUGGCAACAGAAAAGCUCACAUGAAUGUGUUUGUAAUGAAACAGUAGGUGUUUGAAACAAUGACUCACAAUAAGUGAUCCCAGGAAAGCAAGUUACAGUGUAAAGUUAUAAAAGUAAUGAGCUCAAUAUAUUCCUCUGCUUUAGCUACAGAAUCCUGAUUUUUUACUUAUAUGUUGCUCCCUUUUUCCUUGCAAUAUGCAAGAACAAUGCACAGAUGGUAUCCCUCCCCUUUACAUAUUACCUCUUUUUUCUUAUAUAUGCUUUACUCUCUCUACCGUCCACACCUUGCUCUCUAGGGGGUCGAUUCUAAUGCUUUAAAUUAUUUAUCUGAUUUUUCUACAAAAUGCACAGUUAAAGGGAUAGUCAACCGCAGAAUUUUUGUUUAAAAAAUAGAUAAUUCCUCUAUUGUUACCUAUUCCCCAGUUUUGCAUAACCAACACAGUUACAAUAAUACACGUUUUACCUCUGUAAUUACCUUGUAUCUAAGCCUCUGCAAACUGCUCCCUUAUCUCAGUUCUUUUGACAGACUUGCAUUUUAGCCAAUCAGUGCUGUAACACCACGUGCUUGAGCUCAAUGUUAUCUAUAUGACACAAGCUAAUGCCCUGUAGUGGUGAAAAACUGUCAAAAUGCAUUCAGAUAAGAGGAGGACUUUAGGGUCUAAGAAAUUGGCAUAUGAGCCUACCUAGGUUUAGCUUUCAACUAAGAAUACCAAGAGAACAAGGCAAAAUUGGUGAUAAAAGUGAAUUGUAAAGUUGUUUAACAUGACAUGCCCUAUCUGAAUCAUGAACGUUUAUUUUGGACUUGACUGUCCCUUUAGAGGCCAUGGGGAUUUCUAUAGAUAAAUCCAGUGUUCGCUACAGAAAGUUUUGCCAGCCGGGUGGCAUACUGAAGUAGCCAGGUGGGGGCAUUGUAAUACUUUGCAAUAUUAUACAAUUUUCUGUUAUUUAUACAUCUUAAUUAAGCUAUCCAAAACACAAAUCAACUGCAUAAUCUAACAUACAUUUUUUUUGUACAAGAAACAAACUUAAUAACUAAUUUUAGCAUAAUAUUGGCUUAUAUUUUAUGUAGGUGGUCAGUAAAAUUAGCCGUGUUGUGUGCUCAUUUGAUAAGUUUUUCUGAAGGAUUGUGACCGACCCCUUAGUUCCCUGCUUUCUCACCCUAUAUGGCAAUCUGGGGCGUCUUCCCCCCAACUUUUUUUUUUUCUUCAACCGCAGCUGUAUUUACCUACUUGUCUUUUACCUGCUCUAUAUGCCGCUCACAUUAACUUACAUGGUGUAAUGUGCAUAUAAGUUGUCUCUUCCUUUUACCUACACACUGCUCCCAAUUGACCUAUCUGCUGCUCCCCUUUUAUCUAUACAUAGCCCCAAGUUUUUAUCUGUGGGUUGUUAUCCUUUAACCUACCUAUACACUGCUAUCUUUUGCUCUUUUUGCCUAAACCUUUUCAUGGAGAUUAACCCUUCUUACCUAGAAGAGAAAUUCUUCAUUCACUUUUCCUAUAUGUUGCUCCACUUUUUCCUACUGCUCACAUUUGACCUAUCUGCUCUGUUUAACCUACAGUUUGUUUCCCUUUAGACCCAUUGGUUAUUCUCCAGGGGUAGAAAACACUCCAGUCUUUUUUUUUUUCCCCUUUGAAACCUCAAUGGGUUUGUUCAGCUGAGGAGGGGGGGCAAAAAUCUCCCCUCCCUGCCAUUAUGCCUUCAUGUCUAGCCAUACCCUACCUGCAGUACCCCUCCCAUUGCACGUUUACCUGCCAAUGGAUAGCAGUGCUCCCUGACUUAGCUUCCUGCUCCUGCACUGCUUUUACCUACACCUUGCUCCCCUUUUACCUACUAUGUGGAACACUAAUGCACACAUUGUCCCUUCCUUUUUGCUUUACCUACAUGGUGGAAGAGCAAUGUGAAUUGCUCCAAUCUUAACUAAGCUAUAGAAGAUCAAUGCUCAUGUUGUUCCUUCCCUUUUUCUAUGUUCUUCUCAUAUUUGUUUACACUUUGCUCCUACUUUACCCAUAAAUGUGGCACUACCCAGAUCUAAGAUCAGAGUAAGCACUACAGGCUGUCAGCAUCAUGCAGGAAUGAAGACUAUUUGCUUUCAGCAGUAAGCUCUAAAGGACUAUAAGGACAGAUAACAAAAUCUGUAAGAGACGUUGGAGAAAUCGCUAAAUAAAAAGUGCACUUGUGAAUUUAUAUUGGUGAAAACAGUAAAAAAAAAUUAAGUAUUUAGGUUGGAAUAAUUUGAUGGAGAUUGUUUUAUUAACUCUGGUGGGAGUUGCACUAAAUCAUUAACUCUUUCACCAUCAGAUAAAGUUUCCGAUUGAUCACGCAGGUGUAUAUUUUAUUUUCUAAGCAAUGAAAUUGAAAGACUACUUUAAGGUUUUUUGUUAGUUUUUUUUUUUUUUUUUUGGGGGGGGGGGGGUUUACUGUUAAUGCUGAGGGACUAAUGAAUGUACCUCUGACAUUUUCAUUAUGGAACUGGUUCUACCUACCCCUAUUAGACAAGUGACCUGGGCCUGUUAAAAAAAAUAAAAAAUUCUGGAUUCUACAAGGUUUCAAGAAUGUGAACAAUGAGCUGCCCUGAAUCAGCAUUAAUAUAGUUGUUUAAAUCGCUGAUUUUUAAAAGAAGAUUAAACAAAAAUGAAAUGGACAUUUGCUGUAACAAAAGUUUUCUGCAUAAUGGCCGGAACCUAUUCAUGAAAGAGAAUUUCUGAUAUGCAAACAGACUUUGUUUCUAGGAACUUGUCACAAUAACUGUGUGCCAUAUAAAUCACAGAUUAUGGAUCUGCGUGCAGACACAAAGCAGACUAUUUACAAAUGUCAUUUAAUUUGAGCAACUUCUUUGGUUAGAGUAUCAUACCGCUUCCUUACAGACUGAUGUGUAGCGCUGUGAUAUGUGACAUUUGUGUGUUGGGGGGGGGGGGGGGUUAGUAUCAUUGCUUUCCUAGUUCUGCAUGGUGUACUCUGUAUCUCUUUAGUAACAAUAUUUUUCUACCUUAUUACUUGUUUGUUUUUUAAUGCCUCCAUUUGCUAUUAAAAAAUAAAAACAUCCUAUGACAUUGUU